AUGCCAGGAAACAACUUCUUGUCCAAUCCUCCAAAUUUCACUGGUGAAAACUACCAAAUCUGGGCUGUCAAAAUGAAGUCCUAUUUGGAUGCUAAUGAUCUUUGGAAUGUAGUAGAGACAGAUCCUGUUCCUGAAUUGUCAGAAGAUCUAACUAUUGCAGAGAUGAGAGCCCAUAGAGAUGCAGUCAAAAGGAGAUCAAAAGCCAUGACUUGCAUUCAUUCAGCAGUUUCCGAUGCAGUAUUCACAAAAAUUAUGACUUGUGAAACUGCAAAAGAAGCUUGGGAUACUCUCAAAGUGGCUUUUCAAGGCAAUGACAGAAUAAGACAGAUGCAAGUUUUGAACCUUAGGAGAGAAUUUGAACUCCUUAGGAUGAAAGACAAAGAAAAUAUUAAAGAGUACUCUGACAGACUCUUAAAUGUUGUGAACAAAAUCACAUUGAUUGGAGAACAACUUCCAGAUAGCAGAGUUGUGGAGAAAGUCUUGGUGAGUUUACCAGAAAGGUUUGAGGCCAAGAUUUCCUCUCUUGAAGAUUCAAGGGAUUUAUCUCAGAUGACCUUGCCAGAAUUGAUCAAUGCUUUAGAGGCACAAGAACAAAGACGAGCCAUAAGAACUGAAGAAGUCAUUGAAGGUGCUUUUCAAGUAACAAAUGAGGAUCAAAUUCGACAAGGUUUUGUAAGCAAAUGGGACAUAUGGAGAGAGUUUGCAAAAAUAAAGGAAAAAGAGAACAUCAUGCUCAGAUGGUUGAUGAACAAGAUGAUGAGCAACUUUUCGUAG